AUGAUACCAUCGCUACGGUGGACAGCCACGGCUUGUUGUGCUGUGCUCGCUGCCACUGCUGGUGCUGCCAGCGUACCUUACUACUGGGAUGAGCCCCACCAGAUGUUGUUUGCCUGUAAUGCCCAGAUCCAGCAGUACCUGGACUUCUGCUAUGAUCUGGAUUUGGUUUGUGCCUAUAAUAACUGGCCAUGCCCCUGUUUCGAUAUGGAUGCUCGAGGUUCGCUUGCCGGUUGUCUUCGCAAUGCCGGUGUGUUCAAUAAUGAGUACUUCGAGGCGUUCUUCGACUUGUGUAAGACCUGGAACGUGACGCUUAACGAAACACAUAUGCUCGAUGCCCUCAGCUACUACAAUGAGUAUGCUAAGGAGUACACGCCUCUGGACUACCCGGACCAGUUACGCAAUAUCACAACGCCAAUCUUACUUAAUGGCACUGAUACCUUAGCCUACGCCGAGCUGAUGUGCAAGUUCUUGGAUAACUUCAAUAUUCUGACUUAUUAUGGCACAGGGAUGCUUGGGUACUGGGUGGUGAUCUUAAUUCUCGGAGCAUUGGCUAAUUUCGCUAAAUUGAUGAUGCCUGGUCUCAUGAGACACUUAAAUGGCAAAAUGCUGGUGUGGAUCAGACGUUACAUUACCCUUCCUGCCGUUCACCGAAAGAAGACCAACAACACUCAAUGGGCGGGUAUCUUCCAGGCGUUGCUUCCACUGCGAUACGAGCUGAUUGUGGUGACAAUAUGGGUAAUAUUGGUGGUGGUUCUUGUCUGUGUGGACGUUGUCCCUCCACACGACGACCCCUUGUUCCCUAGUCGGCAAAUCGGUACUCUUCGUUUCGUUGCUGGCCGCUGUGCCGUCAGUUGUGGUAUGCUUGUCCCGCUUUUAAUCCUAUUCGGGCUGAGAAAUAACCUCCUUCUUUGGAUUACUCACUGGAGUUACUCGACAUUUCUCACCUACCAUCGGUGGAUUGGCCGAGUAGUGUUUUGUCUCGCCUCUGUCCACGCUAUAACCUUCAGCUAUGCCAUGAAUUCAUUAGGUGUAGGCAACUAUGGUGAGAUGAUGCGUCGUGAUUAUAUGGUUGCCGGCACCGUGGCAACUGUUGCUGCUGGUUUCAUCGUCUUCCAAGGGUUCCUCGUGCUUAGACGUACCAAAUAUGAGCUAUUUGUGGCGUUACACAUCCUUUUAGCCCUUCUUUUCAUUGGCGGCAGUUGGGGCCAUGUGAUGCGGUUUAAUCACCACCAGCCAUACGUGGCGGCAACAGCCGUCUGGGCUUUCGAUCGUGUCAUCCGUCUUUGGAGAUUGAUCAAUUUCGGCUGUCCCAAAGCUCAACUUACAUUGAUUGCUGACGAAACAAUCAGAGUUACCGUCCCCAUUCGCUCCGGGUGGACACCGAAACCUGGAGGGUUUGCCUUUGUGUACUUUAUUCGUCCGCUGUGUUGGUGGCAACUGCAUCCAUUCACUUUCAAUCAACUGGUGGUCGAUGGCGGUAAACUUGUGUUUUACUGUAAAGUGAAGGGAGGGAUGACCCAUGGUCUUUACCAGCACUUGAAGCAGUGUCCUGAUCAAACGGCCAGUGUGAGAGUCUCAGUGGAAGGUCCCUAUGGCGGUGCUAGUCCCGUCAAACGGUACAAUAACGCCAUCUAUGUCGCUGGUGGUAAUGGUGUCCCUGGCCCUUACUAUGAGGCGUACCACUUAGCCAAGACACGCAAGGACUCCAAGCAGACUAUUCGCUUAUUCUGGGUAAUCAGAGAAUACCAGCUGGUGCUCUGGUUCUAUGAAGAACUCAUGGCCCUUAAAAACACUAAGAUCGAGUGUGUGGUGUACGUUACCCGACCCAAUCUGAUUCCAUUCUCUCGGGAAGAGUAUUUGAGAGUGAGACGACCAGCUAAACGGCUAGCGGGCGAUGUAAUACCGAUGGAAAUGAGCCUUUCAUCGCAACUGCUGAUCGGCUACAGCUACGAUAAGCACGACCAGUAUGAAGGCAAAGACCUUCCCGAUGCAGUCUUAGCCCAAAUUAAACUCGAUUUGUACUUUGUCAAGUUCAUUGAGGGCCGUCCUCUGAUGAACGAAUUGGUACAGACAACAAUUGACACCACUCAGGGGCUGGUAGGGUUUGUCACCUGUGGCCACCCGAUUAUGGUCGAUGAUUUACGCCAGGCGGUGAUUAAUCAUUUGGAUGCGGGGCCAAGAUUAGACUUUUUCGAACACUUACAAGUGUGGGCGUAA